GAGAGUUGACCAGCUGUUUAGUCUGUUUUUUUUAGCCCUGGUACUUGUCGCUCUACACGUGGGGAGGAGAGACCGACUUUCCAACAGGGACACGUUUGAAAUAAAAACUCACAUUAUCAGUAUUGCUCUCAUCGUGGCGGCACCGAGGACUCUAAAAUACUGUGUAGCUGUUAGUGUCCUGAGGAAAUGCCACUGAGGUUUCGUUCUGUUGUGCCCUACACACUACCCGGAGUCCUUGCACUGAUUGGCUGGUGGUGGUACAUCUCACGGAAAAAAGAGCGGUCCAUUAGCCAUGACAGCCCAGAGGGGGCUCCAACUGCUAUGGGCCUUAGAGCAUCUCCAGCGGAGGGUAGCAAUGGUUUGGUUGAGAAAGGCACUGUAUCCCCCACAAAUGACACAGAAAGCCCCACCCACAGACCUCCGAAGGUCGGUAACCUGGGAACAGAACAUGAAAUUAUUUCCCAAAUCCAUGUCCAUGACACUGAAGCAGCACCUUCCCUGAAACAAAGUUCUGAAGAAGCUGCCCCUCACCUUGGCAGGGUAAGACAAGAGGAAGUCCAUAAACCCUCAGUCUCGACUCUACCAUCACCUGGCAAAGAAGACAGCCUACAGCUGUCAUUGAAAGACCCAGAGAAAAGCUCAACACCUGCCUCGGUAAAAGAGCUGGAGAAACACCUAGUCAAAGAGCCAGCCACAGUAGAAGAGGUCAUCUUGCCCUGCCAGUCUACCAAAGUCACCAGCUCCUCCUUCCCAACAACACACCUUUCUGAUGCAGAGAGGCCGGAGCCAGAAGGGGAAGUUGCAAAGCACUACAGCACUGUUAAUACACAAGAUGAGAUGGGUGUUUGUGCAGUCACCUCAGCCAAAGUGCAGAGAGUGAUCCCAUCGGAGGCCGACUCUCUAGAAACACCCCCUUCAGCCCAGGAUUUCCGCCAACACAUUCUAACCAGCACACCUAACCCCCUGGCUCUGAUCUCCACGGCCCUGACAACGGUCCAAGACUCCACCACCACAUCGGAGACCCCAGAUGACAUCCGGGUACAACAAAGUGGCCAUGGAGAAGAACAGGAUCUGGAGCUUCUAGCAGCUGGACUCAUAACCGAGGUCAUCUCGGCAGCUACCCAGGAGGUCCUUGGUGUCACCAGCUGCCAGUUCACAGACAACAGCCAGCCCAGCUGCAGUAGCAGUACGCCACUGGCUAGCGGCAGACUAUGCUCCCAACAGGAGCCAAUCGCAGCAGCACAGCAGCACCGCCAUCUAUCGACAAGCCCCUCCCAGAAAGGCUGCGAGUCUAGAGAGGCCACAGAGAAGGAAGAGUUUGGGAUGCCUAAUGGAUGCUCCUCGGCACCAGCAUGGGAGCCCGUUGAGGUCAGCCACAGGGUUCAUCAGACAAACCAUGCCCAGAGAGGCCACUGGCUAGCACCAUCGCACCAAACAGCACUAAGCACCCCUUCGCUAAACGUGAAAGCGAAAGGGGACGAAGCAGCCGCGCUUGCCGACGACUCGGCCUGCAGCACGUGCCACUCUGAGGAUGGUAUCAGCAACGAGGAUCUCCAGAACAGCACGUUUGACAACCAAACGGAUGUGAUCCAGGUUACAGACUUGUCAGCAGGAGAAGCCACGCAGCCUCAAUCACUGGUUGAGACUACUGCCACGGAGGCAUCGGUGUUGGCUGAAUCUGGAGACAGCUCUGUGGACGCUGUGUGUGAGAUAAAGAGGCUAAAUGGAUUGGGCCUGAGGAAUGGAGCUCAUGGGAUGUGUGACGUGGAGACGGACCAGUCUGGAGGUUCUGAUGUGAACAGCAUGGACUCGGUGGACAGCGGCUGCACUAUGGGUGUUGCUGGGGAUAGCCAGAGCAACCACGCUGCCUCCUCGAGCUCCGAGCUCGUCAUCUGGGAGAUUGAGGUGCCAAAGCAUCUUGUAGGGCGGUUAAUAGGGAAGCAGGGAAGAUACGUGAGUUUCCUGAAGCAGAACUCUGGCGCAAAGAUCUACAUCUCCACCCUGCCUUAUACACAGGAGUUCCAGAUCUGUCACAUAGAGGGUACGCAGCAGCAGGUUGACAAAGCCCUGUCCUUGAUUGGGAAGAAGUUCAAAGAUCUGGACUUGACCAACCUAUAUGCACCUCCGCCUCCCCCGCUCACAUUGCCAUCACUUCCCAUGACCUCCUGGCUUCUGCUCCCCAGCGGAGUGACCGUUGAGGUGAUAGUGGUGAACAUUGUGUCAGCCGGUCACGUCUUCGUCCAGCAGCACACCCAUCCCACCUACCACGCUCUGCGAAGCCUCGACCAGCAGAUGUUCCUCUGCUACUCCCAGCCGGGCACCCCCGCCCUGCCCUCACCUGCUGAAGUUGGUGUGAUCUGUGCAGCUCCGGCGGUGGAUGGAGCCUGGUGGAGAGCUCAGGUCAUCACCUUCUAUAAGGAAACUAAUGAAGUGGAGAUCCGAUACGUUGAUUACGGAGGCUAUGACAGAGUCAAGAUUGACUCACUACGGCAGAUAAGGUCUGAUUUUGUAACACUACCGUUUCAAGGUGCUGAAGUAUUGCUUGACAACAUCGCCCCACUUCCAGGAGAGGAUCGUUUUUCACCAGAGGCCACAUCAGCGUUGGAGGAGAUGACCAGAGGAGUAGCGUUGCUUGCCCAGGUCUCAAACUACGACAACAACACAGGCCUCCCGCUGGUCCACCUGUGGAACAUGGUCGGAGAAGAGGUGAUUUCAGUAAACCGUACGCUGGCAGAGAGGGGCCUGGGCGUUUGGGUGGAUGGAUUUUGAACUCCUAACAUGCUCUGAUCUCCACCUGCCCCUCUCACCCAUCCACCCCCUUAUUCUCUUGUGAUCAGCAGUCUGGGACUCAGGUCAUCCUGCGGUCUCAGCCCCACCAGACUCACCACUGGAUCUAAGAAGAUUGUUUUUCAUUUUGUUUUUUUUUGUCCCCCCCCUCCCCCCACCCCUUCCUUUUUGAAAAUAAAUUAAAAAUUGUUUGCAGGCAUAAUCUACAAGAACAGCACUGCUUCAAAAUAAGACAACCUCCCCCUAUUGUGUUUGUACACACAAAAGAACUAAAUGAAGGAAAAGGAAUAGGUACUUGUUAAAGAACAUUUUUAAAUCUAUAUUGUAACUAAAUAAAGGUUCAACCAAUAUUUUUUUUUCCUCCCCCAUCACACCUUAAUUUUUGCUCUGGGCCGUUGCUCACUGACUGUGGAUUCAUCACGCUAUGUGGAAGGACAAACGCCUCCAUCAGACCAGGUUGACACCUGUUGUGAACAGUUUUGAGUUUCAUUGACACUUUGGUUAUAAUUGUUUGUAAGUCACUACAUUUCAAAGUUGAUUUGGGUUCUUGUCUGGGUAACGGGGCAAAAAGGCUAUAGAGACUGAUGGGUGAUAGCAUGGCAAAGAGCAGAGCAGAGGAGGUCAGAGGUCCGUCCCUGGUGGAGCCCCGAGAGACGGACUUCUCUGGGGGUCUCCAUCCAGAGCUGCUGCUGCUGCAACUCCAACCAGGACGGCGGAGCGAGCUGGAUGCCUUUGCUCUAUACCUUUCUUCACCAACUUACACUGCAUUUACAGAGGAGCCAGGAAUUUCAACCUACCAGACAAAAAUGCAGUUGAACAGCUUUUCAGAUCGGAACUCCCAAGUUGGGCAAGAUUUUCUGUAACUCAAAAUGUCCAAGAUGCAUUUUUCUGACAGCAUUUCAGCAGGGCAACAUACGGCUGAUGAUGCAGAUCAUUAUGGAGGGGCUGCUUGUAAUGCUCAAAUGACACAUGUUCUGUAUUUAAAGACACGACUGUAAAGAUCCACUCAGAUUUUGUGAAGGAACCUCCAAAUCCCAAAAUUUAGUGUCCCCAAAGUUGAGAUAAGAAUAAUAAAUUAAAAGAAAAUUCUCGAUUACGGGAACUUCUCAGAAAAGUCUGCAACAUAACGGCACCAUAACAGAGUUGGUGUGCUUUUUUUUUUUUUUUUAAAGCUAUUAAAACACUUGGUAACAAAUGGUUAAAUCUCUAAAUCUGAAGCUGCUAGAGGUCUGUGGUGACCAGUUUUCACUAAUUUACCAUUACUGACAUUUCAUAUUGGUCAAAUUACUGAAUGUUUCAUGGGCAUCCUCUGGUUUAAUAAUUCCAAAGAAAUGGAUUUCUUGAGCUGCGACGCAGCGUUAAUAUACACGUUUGUGAGUUUCGGUAUGAUGGCAGAGUGCUGCUGUUAUACUACAGAGACUUGAAGCACUAAAACUUGGACUGACAUGGGAAAGAAACACUACAGUAGAGUUAGUUUGCAGCGCUGCUCUUCAAUGUCGACCUAAUAUCGAUCUAAAUCAAGUUUGUGUUGUUAGUGUUGCAUGGUAAACCAGCUCAGGAGCACCUCUGUUCUCUGCUCUUCAUUUGUUGUAAACUGACCAUUGAAACCU